AGCCACAGCCUGCCUGAACAAGCUGUGCUUUUGGCCACCCACCUCUUGCUGCUGCUGUGGGCUCAGCAUUCUGGGGGGAAAGUGGCACAGAAAAGCAUUUAUCUCUCUCCUUGUAGCGCUGCCUGCAGGCAUUGGGGGUGGCUCCACAAAGGGACUCUCAGCAGAAGGGCUGUCAGGGAGCGAGGUGCCCAUGUCUCAGCGAAGGCAGUCCCUCUGCUGUAGAGCCGCCUUGGCCAAGGAGCCUUCCUUGGGAUGGGCUUGGCUGACACCAGCAUGGGACACCUGUCUGGACAACACCUACUUCAUCCAUUCACGUUGCGUUCCUGUUCCCGCAGGGUGGCCGGCAAGUUACCUGAGGCCAACCUCCUCCUCCUCCGAACCUUGCUCAGCCUGCUCCACAAGAUCAGCACCAAUGUCCCUGUCACCAAGAUGACUGCCAGGAACCUGGCCAUCUGCGUGGGGCCCAACCUCCUCAGCCCACCCGAGGAGGACACGCUGGCCCUGGAUGUCCUGAUGCAGGUGACAGGGAAGGUGACAGAGCUGGUUGAGUUCCUCAUCCAACACCAUGAGGAACUCUUUGAGGAGCAGGAGGAGGAGGAGGAGGCUGAGAUUCCAGGAGCACCGGCCGAGGCUGAACUUGCCAGCCAACAGGCCGAGGAGUCACCGGCACCAGAAGAAGAAGGAGAAACUGCCGAGGUAUGUGAGGUCCACACAGAGCGUGAGAGAAUGCCUCCCUACGCAGAAGGUGGGAUUGCCACUGUGUCCAAGCUCUUCGCAGCAAGGGGAAACACCAUCCCCCAGGAAGAGAAAGCACAGCUGCGAAGAGGAGGUUGGUGGCCCGCCACCCAAGCGAUGCCGAAAGCUGUGAACAGAGAGCUCAGCGAUGGGCAGGCUGUCGAGGUGGCCGAAGAAAUCACCCUCAUGCUGCCACCCUUUUGGCUCAGCUGGACGGUCUAG